CGAGCGCGCGGCUUUGAGCGGGCGGAAGAGCCGGCGCGCGAGGCCGGGCCGACGGGUGAAGGGGACUCGUGCGCCAGAUGCCGCCAUGCCCGGGGACAACCGCCGCAUCCGCGGGCCCGAGGAGUCGCAGCCGCCGCAGUUGUACGCGACCGACGAGGACGAGGUGCCGGCCGCUCGCGACCCGACGCGGCUCCGGCCUGUGUACGCGCGCGCCGGGCUGUUGAGCCAGGCCAAGGGCUCGGCCUACCUGGAAGCGGGAGGCACCAAGGUGCUGUGCGCAGUGUCCGGCCCACGCCAGGUAGAGGGCGGUGAGCGCGGUGGCGGCCCGGCCGGAGCGGGCGGCGAGACCCCGGCCGCGCUGCGGGGCCGCCUGCUCUGCGACUUCCGCCGCGCGCCCUUCUCGGGCCGCCGGCGCCGCGCUCCCCCGGGUGGCAGCGAGGAGCGUGAGCUGGCGCUGGCGCUGCAGGAGGCGCUCGAGCCGGCCGUGCGCCUGGGCCGCUACCCGCGCGCGCAGCUCGAGGUGUCGGCGCUGCUGCUCGAGGACGGCGGCUCGGCUCUGGCCGCCGCGCUCACGGCUGCCGCGAUCGCCCUGGCCGACGCGGGCAUCGAGAUGUACGACCUGGUGGUGGGCUGCGGCUUAAGCCGCGCGCCGGGGCCGGAGCCCACCUGGCUGCUGGACCCCACGCUGCUAGAGGAGGAACGCGCCGCCGCCGGCCUCACCGUGGCGCUUAUGCCGGUGCUCAACCAGGUGGCCGGGCUGCUGGGCAGCGGGGAGGGCGGCCCGACCGAGAGCUGGGCGGAGGCCGUGCGCCUGGGUCUCGAGGGCUGCCAGCGCCUCUACCCCGUUUUGCAGCAGUGCUUAGUACGGGCCGCCCGCCGGAGGGGCGCCGCCACGCCGCCCUGAAGCAGAACCCUGAGCAAGGACGGACGCCGAGGACAGCUGCCGCUGUCCCCGAAAGGACCUGCGCCGUCGGCUUGCAGACUGCGUGCGCCAAGCUGAGAACUCGGAGCACGGGAGAGGAUCUAGGGAGGCGUGCUCAGAACUGAUGCACUGGACAGCUGUAUUGGGAUGAUAUUUUAAAAAACUGUUCCAUUAAAGGAACUUUUCGAAUUGAGUUGGCUCCCAGCCACGACUCAGGUGAAGAAACCUGCGAAUGCAGCUUGACCCCCCCCACAAGUUGGAAAGGACUUCAGCUGGACUUACCUGGAAAGUGGAACCUGGAGCUAGUGUCUCGUAAGGGAUGGACCCUAUGCAGGCCAGCCAGUGACCCCCUCCUAUAUUAUUGGGCUGCUUUUGAGAGAAUGGACAAGGGGCCUGUGCUUUCCCACUUAAUAUCUGAGCUAAAACAAAAACUCUUUCAUAUCUGAAAAAUUCUGUUGUUCUUGAUACAGGAUUUAAGAGAGCAAGGCUCUUCCGAGCUGGGUAGUGUGUUCUUGGACUCCUGGUGUCAAGGGCUUGGGACAGCAUUAUAUGUGUCCUGGAUCCCUCAUCUAGUCUUGGCUCCUGGGAGAGGGCACUUGAAUUGCCAGGAGUGAGAGUUUCUGGAUGUUGGAGAUGGAGUCUGGCGAUUUUGUAGGGCAGAGCUGGCCUGUCUGACCACAAGGGUAAGAUCUUCCCUUUGUGGCUCCUGAGCCCUGCAGGUUUGUGCUCAGGUCUAAUUUGGAGAAAAGCAGGGCAGCUUGGUGCCCUUUCUGCCCUGGCUUGGUGUGAGCUUCUGAGCUUGUGUGUCUCGGGCCUGCUCAGCUUCUCUAGGAAGGGUUGGCCUGGGACAGCCAAAGGGCCAGAAUAAGGCUUGGAGACCACACCGAGAACCCCUGAUCAAGAGGAAAAAAAUAUAAAUUUUAUUUCCCCCCAGUGACAUAAUACAUAUUUCCAAAGCAGAUCUGAAAUACAUGGUAUCACAUCAGCAAGAAACAAGAUAGAAAUGACACAAAAAGGAUACCCCUAUUGACACCCAGACAGGACUGGGGGCUUUGAGAGGGAGAAGAGCCGCUGGAACAGUACCUGCAGUCAGAGAGGGCUGAUGGUGCUCCCAGGUGGGCCCGUCCAGCUGCCCCUUCGACGAGUGGGCCUCAGCUUUCUAAGAAUGGUGAGCUGGUGCUGGGCAGUUGCAGCCUCUUCCUUUCCCUGCCAGUCCCCAGACUGUCAUCUGGAAACAUGACCAAAGCUAAAGCCAGCACUUGCGGGGAGGCUUCCUGGAUGGUCUGGCUGAGCCGUGCCUCCAUUUCUGUUGCCCUUGCUCCAGAAUGGGUUGCAUGGUUGCCACUGAGAGGCCUUUGGAAAAUCACUCAAGGCAAGGAAAGGAACCACUAGGGAAGGUGCCUGGAGCUGAUGAGCCUGGAGGGGUUACAACCUUCUAAUGGCUGUCUUCCUGGUCUGCUGCAUGAUUCUUCAACUGUAGGAGAAGCAGAAGCAGGACUCUAGCCCCAAGGGCUGAGAGCUUUGACAUCUCAGUGCUACUGUAGAUUCUUCCUGAGACUUGGGAACGGACCCAGGACCGCCAGACAGAAGAAGGCAUUUUCUGCACCUACCCCAGUCUUUUCCUAGAUGUGAUACAGUCUUGGGCAGCAGUUGACAUUACAUGGUGUCAGAAGUGGGAUCCAGAGAUGCCCUCUAAUGACCUGGAGGCUGGUGAGCAAGCAGGUGUUGGUACCCAUGAAGUUCAUUGAGCUCACUGCUUUCUUGUCAACCCUGGAGUUUGAAGCUAAGUUUUUUCCUGAAUCCAAGCUCUGCUCUCUUUGCAUUUUGAACUCUCCAGCUUUACUGGAAUCUGUUUUCAUGAAGCUUUCUGAAGAGGAUCAUGAGACAGAGAGAUGUUUUAGGGUGACCAGCUGUCCUGGUGUGUCUAGGAUGGAGAGGUUUCCCAGCAUGUGGGACUUUGAGUGCUAAAACCAGGACAGUUCCAGGCAAACUGGAACAGUGGGUCCACCUAGGUGUUAAUAACUUGACCAAAGUCACACAGUUAGUGAGUGGCAGAGCCUGUCCUCCAAUUCAGGUAGGCUGACUUUAGACCCGAACUCUGCUUCUGCCAGUGGUUCACACACCUGAGCCUGCAUCGGAAGUGGCUGGAGAUCUUGUUAAAACUCAGAUUAGGUUUGGGGCAGCUGAAAAUCUGCUCGUCUAACAAGUUCCCAGGUGAUGCCGAUGCUGCUGGCCCGUGGACCAACAUGGAGGACCGCGGCGUUCGGCUACCUUGCCUCCAGAUGAGAAUGUUGGAAUGGACUUUUCAGAGCCCCUGUUGAGUUCCCUGCUGCGUAGGAUGCCAGAACUGGAGACUGUGGAGAUCAUGAAGUUGGUGAAUUGCCCCGAGACCUUCACCCCGGACAUGAGGUGCAUCAUGGGCGAGUCCCCUUCAGUGCGGGGCUACUUCGUCCUGGCGGGAAUGAACUCUGCUGGCCUUUCGUUUGGUGGAGGAGCUGGAAGAGCCCCUGUUGAGUUCCCUGCUGCGUAGGAUGCCAGAACUGGAGACUGUGGAGAUCAUGAAGUUGGUGAAUUGCCCCGAGACCUUCACGCCGGACAUGAGGUGCAUCAUGGGCGAGUCCCCUUCAGUGCGGGGCUACUUCGUCCUGGCGGGAAUGAACUCUGCUGGCCUUUCGUUUGGUGGAGGAGCUGGAAGAGCCCCUGUUGAGUUCCCUGCUGCGUAGGAUGCCAGAACUGGAGACUGUGGAGAUCAUGAAGUUGGUGAAUUGCCCCGAGACCUUCACGCCGGACAUGAGGUGCAUCAUGGGCGAGUCCCCUUCAGUGCGGGGCUACUUCGUCCUGGCGGGAAUGAACUCUGCUGGCCUUUCGUUUGGUGGAGGAGCUGGAAGGUAAGUCUUUCGCACUCAG